AUGCUUGCUUCUCGCGGCACAAUUGCCAAGGAUGGCGAUGUAGUGCUCGUCGUGCAUGGCCACCAGAACAUCACGCCUCUCGUACUGCAGCGCGGCGCUGUGCUGCACUGCAAAGCUGGCAAGUUUGACCACGACGACAUCAUUGGCCGCUCCCUCGGCAGGUAUGUAAAGGGGCAAAACAAUCAGAAGAGUGACCCGCGAGAGCCGUCGGUGUUAAUUCUGCAGAACAGCGCAGACAUGUGGACGCAAGCGGUGCCGCACCGUACGCAGAUCAUCUACGACACAGACAUCGCCGUCAUCCUUCUAAACCUGCGCCUCGAACCUGGUAAAAAGGUGGUGGAGGCAGGGACGGGCAGUGGCAGCCUGACGCACUCCCUGGCCAAGACGGUGGCCCCGAACGGGUGUGUGUACACUUGUGAUUUCCACAAGCAGCGCUGCCUGGAGGCGCGUGCCGAGUUUCGCCGCAACGGCCUCGACUCGCACCUCGUGUGCAGUCAGUGGCGAGACGUGUGCACGACCAACACAGGCGUCGCUGACAUCGUCGACGGCGUUGAUGCUGAUGUGGAAGCAAUGGAGUCACCGAGCACUGGCUUUGGCGUGGCGGCGGCCUCUGUAGACGCCAUCUUCCUCGAUGUUCCCGCGCCGUGGGCGGCCAUCGAGAACGUUUGCCACGUGCUCAAGGAGGGUGGGAUGCUCUGUACCUUCUCGCCUUGCAUGGAGCAGACGCAGCGAACAGCAGAGGCACUGCGGGCUGCUCCGCACCACUUCGUGGACAUCCGCACGGUGGAAGCGCUCACAAAGUUUUUCCACCCCGUCUUCAAGCGCGCACGCGAUGCACGCGAUCGCGACUGCGUCAAGUUCCGCGCCAGCCUCGUGUCGAAGGGCCACAGUGCCUACUUGACCUUUGCGCGGCGGCGACUGGGCAAGGCUGAGCAGCUAGAGGAGGGGAAGCCGCUCGAAGCAGAUGGCGCUGAGAAGAACGGCAUGGAGGAGGCGACAACGGCGUAG